GCAGUAGCGAGCCAGUCAUUAUCACGGGCUGUGGGUGCAGGGUUAGCUGCCUGUGGGGGUUUUCAUCUGAUUAAUCUGCAUUCAUUUAAUUGAUAUAGUGUUAACAAAGCAGCAACAACAAAUAUAUAUACAAAAAAUGGCUGGGGCAAUUAUUGAAAACAUGAGCACGAAGAAGUUAGUCAUUGUUGGAGUCAUUUUAGUCACCUUUCAAGUGUUCUCAUUUCUUGUUGGAGGUUUGAUUGCUCCAAGUCCAACCUCUGCUGUUCAUUACCUGGCAACGAAGUGUGUUGAUAUCCGAAAACACCACCAGAGUUCAAAGUGGUUUAUGCCCUGGGGUCCCAGCCAGUGUGAAAAAAUCCGAGAUUUUGAUGAGGCCAUGAUCAAACAGAUUGAAGCCAAUGAAAUUGUGUUUGCCGUCCACAUCCCUCUGCCCAACAACGAGAUGAGCCCCUGGUUCCAGUUCAUGCUGUUCAUCCUGCAGUUUGACAUUGCCUUCAAGAUGGGCAACCAGAUAGAAGAAGGAGCCGUGGUGACAAUUGACGUGUCGCUGGCUUACAGGGACGACACCUUCAGCAAAUGGACGGAAAUGGCACAUUCUAUAGAGCAACGGAAACUGAGCUGCAACUUUUCAACUCCCAAGACCCAUGAAUACGAGGGCCGGCAUUAUGAAUGCGACCUCUUGCCUUUCGUGGAAUUGGGAAGUGUUGCACACAAAUAUUACCUCAUCAACAUCCGUCUACCAGUGAACGAGAGGAAAAAAAUUAAUGUUGGCAUUGGAGAAAUUAAGGAUAUCCGUCUCGUGGGUAUCCACCAGAAUGGAGGGUUCACUAAGGUAUGGUUCGCCAUGAAGACCUUCCUCACUCCCAGCAUCCUCCUCAUCAUGAUCUGGUACUGGAGGCGAAUUACGUUGAUGACACGGCCGCCGGUCCUGCUUGAGAAGGUCAUCUUUGCACUUGGGAUUUCUAUGACUUUCAUUAACAUCCCAGUAGAGUGGUUUUCUGUUGGGUUUAAUUGGACAUGGAUGCUGUUGUUUGGGGAUAUCCGCCAGGGGAUUUUCUACGCUAUGCUGCUGUCCUUCUGGAUCAUCUUCUGUGGGGAGCAUUUGAUGGAUCAAUCUGAAAGGAACCAUUUCGGUGUUUACUGGAAGCAAGUUGGGCCUAUCGUCUUCGGAUCCUUCUGCCUCUUUAUUUUUGACAUGUGUGAAAGGGGAGUCCAGCUGAAGAACCCAUUCUACAGUAUCUGGGCUUCGGACGUGGGCACUGAAUUGGCUAUGGCUUUCAUCAUUGUGGCGGGAAUCUGUGCCUGUCUGUACUUCCUGUUCCUGUGUUUUAUGGUGUUCCAGGUGUUCAGGAAUAUCAAUGGAAAGAGGACCGCUCUGCCUGCCAUGUCCAAGGCUAGACGCCUUCACUACGAGGGGCUGAUUUUCAGGUUCAAGUUCCUGAUGCUGAUCACUUUGGCAUGCGCUGCCUUGACUAUCAUAUUCUUUAUCAUUAGCCAGGUGAACGAGGGUCAUUGGCACUGGGGGGGCUACACUGUCCAAGUGAACAGUGCUUUCUUCACCGGGAUCUACGGCAUGUGGAACCUCUAUGUUUUUGCAAUCAUGUUCCUCUAUGCACCUUCACAUAAGCGCUAUGGGGAUGACCAGUCAAAUGCAGGUGAUCUAGGAGUGAACAGCGGAGAGGAAAUCCAGCUGACUACCACCAUGACACACGUGGACGGGCCCACAGAAAUCUACAGGAUGAUGGGAAAGGAGUCCCAAGAAUAAACCCAAUAACAGGCUUCAUUUGCUCGGUGAAUCGGAAGGUAGAUCACCUGUGUACAUGGAACGCUGAGAAGUGGAUUCUAAUUCAAGUUAUACCAACAAAUGUUCAUUACCAAGUUUCAUUGAAUAUAACUAAUUAUCUAUGGGAAACUCUACUGUUUACCUGUCGAGACUUCAUGUUUGCACUUCUUGUUUAUACUCUUUGCUUCCAUGCUUUUUUUGUGGUACAGUUACCAGGCAGUGAGUGAAAGCUGGACUAGUCUUCAGAAGAAAAGGGAAAUGAGUUGAAUGGGAUGUAGUAUCUUUAAAUACAUUCACUGUUAAUGGCUUUCAGAUUUCCAAACAUUAACCUGUUACAUAGUCAUUCAGUUAUAUUCUAUGACGCAGUAUAUCUUAAAAUAACCACUUGGAAAGCCCCCCACCUCCCAUAUGUUGGGGGGAGGUUCUUCUCUGUAUUUAAUUGCCAACACUGUCUACAAAACACACUAUAUGGUGUUCUGCUGUGUCCACACCUCCUCUUUUAGAGUCAGUUCUAUGAAACACUAAUGCUUCUGUACUUGUCGUCCUGUUUGCUAUAGUCCACUAGAGUUCAGUAUGAUGUAGAUAUUUUUAUACUGUUCUGAUUUGUAAGAGUAGGGCAGACGAUCUUAUUUAAAUGUAUUCCAGGCUACUUUUUCAUUUUUAUUUUUGGUAAGUGGGAGAUGGGCAGUUUUGUUGGCACGAGCAGUGUUAUCUCUUUACAUUUAUUACACAUUGAAAUGUAGAUGUGCUUUUUUAUGUUAAUUUAAAUAAAAUACUAUAAUCCUUUUGCUUUUUA